GCUGGACCCAGCCGGUCAUCCUUCUGGCUUCAGAGUUCCCUCAGCCCCUGAAGUCCACUCGUCUGGCUGGGAGUCCCAAGGAGCUUCCAUCAUGCCCUCCUCUCCACUCAGGGUGGCUGUGGUCUGUAUGAGUAACAUGAACAGGAGCAUGGAAGCCCACAGCGUCCUCAUGAAGAAAGGGUUCAAUGUCAAGUCUUUUGGAGUCGGAUCCUGUGUGAGGCUCCCAGGACGUGCAGGUAACCUCCCCGUGGUUUAUGAUUUUUCCACCACGUAUGAGCAAAUGAGCAAGGACCUUCUCCGCAAAGAUGGAGAACGCUAUAGAAGCAAUGGUGUCUUACACGUCUUGGGAAGAAAUGAGAGAAUCAAGCCUCACCCGGAAAGAUUUCAAGAGUGCAGGGAUCCCUUUGAUGUCAUCUUCACAUGUCAGGAGAGCGUCUAUGACAGGGUGGUGGCAGAUCUGUGCACCCGAGAGCAGGAGACCUGUCAACCUGUUCACGUGAUCAACGUGGACAUAGACGACACCCUGGAGGACGCCACUCUUGGAUCUCUGAUCAUCUGUGAGCUCUGCCAAGGUCUCCAGCAGGCAGAUGACAUGGAAAGCAGUCUGGCUGAGCUUCUCCUGGCAGCAGAGGGGAAAACAGGAAGGAGCUUUCUGCACACGGUCUGCUUCUACUGAAGAUCUUGGCUGGUUUGAACUCCUUCCUCGAGACACCCCAGCCAGGGAAGGAAGUGGGGAAAAGCAUUUUAUGGGAAAUGGAACACGGACUACCACUGGGCAUAAAACCCUUCCAACACUGGGGACAGCAUUCGAGGUACUUUCCUUGGAAGAGACAAUUCAGUGCUCACAUAGUUCCGUGAGGAAGUGAACAUCCAGGAACUCCACUUCCAGAUGAGCAAACCAUGGCCGAUCCCCCGAGUCUCCCCCCUUCACCUUCUUCACAUUAUGUGGCACCAGUUAGUGUACUAGUCUUCAAGGGUUGGCUUAAAGAAGUAUUUCUCAAUUCUUCUGAAACAUGGUCCUCCCCUCUGGUCUUGAUUAUAGUUUGAGCCCAAGAUCUUGCU